AUGCAGGACUACAAGCGAAGCGCUUCCCUGAAAUUCGGGCGGCGGGCGUCGAUGACCAAGUCUCGGGACUUCGAACCCACGGUUUUGGUGAGCGGACCGCUGCAGGGGAACAUGCACAACGUACCACACUCGGCGGUCUUGGACGCCAUAAAGACCGGCGAGGUACCAAAGACGUCGAUAUUGGGAGCCCUCUCGGAGGAGGAAGAGGGCGAGGAGGACGAGGAGGAUCCUCGGGCCCCCUCCACGGUACGCGAGACCCGUCUCUCGAGGAGAUUGCUCGCAUAUGGGCAGGUGACGCUGGGUGCCUACUUGGUAGCGCAGAUCGUGAUCUCCCUGCUCUUCUUCUCGAGGUACACCAUCGCGGAGCUGGAGGUCUGGAAGUGGACCGUCCUGCUCCUGACCCUGCUCUCGGGCAGGCUCAUAGGAAGGGUUCUGGUGUACACGAUGAUCUUCUUACUCCAGAUGAUCUUCAAGGACAACGGAAAGAUACUGUACGUUGCUUACGGGGUGCGGAGGUCCGCCUGGAACGUGAUCUGGUGCCUGCAAGUCCUGUGCGUCUGGACGGUCCUCUUCAACGGGAGAAGGAAGAUCGUGGGCAAGAUACCGGUAAAGGUGAAUCAGAUACUAGUGUGCACUCAGAUCGCCACCCUCGUGAUGGCGGGAAAAAUGAUAUUCAUCAAGAUCCUCGCGAACGCCUUCCACCGAAAGGCCUACUUCGAGAGGAUUAGGGACGCCAUGUUCGACCACUACGUCAUAGAACGACUCUCCAUACCUGCUUACAUGCUCAAUAGAUCUUCCAGCUCGGCGACGACCGGCAUACGCGGCGAACCCCAGGAGGAGGUGGGAAUCCUGGCUACGCUCUCUCAGGGGCAACUCGGCGUUCGGACGUUCCAGAGCAUCAUGCGCUUCGUGCGCAGCACCAAGAUCACGACCAUCUCCACGCAGCAGCAGAGGGACGUCCGGAGCGAGGAGCACGGACGGGACGCCGCGAGGGACAUCUUCAAGAACGUGGUACCAGAGGGGAGACAUCAUAUGGCUUUCGAGAGCGAGGAGGGCGUGGUGACGUGCGAAUCGUUCGAGAACUGGCUCAUCAACGUGGUGCGUGAGCGGAAGGCAUUGGCUCUGACGCUGAGCGAUACGAAGACUGCGAUAAGAUCCCUCGGCAGGCUGUUGGAUUGGGUGGUGGGAGUUAUCGUCGUCCUGAUGUGCCUCUUCGUGCUCGACGUCAACGUGCAGAAGCUGCUCGUAGUAACGUCGGGAUCCUUCCUGGCCUCCCUAUUCGUCUUUGGCAACACCUGCAAGACCGUCUUCGAAUCCAUAAUCUUCCUCUUCGUAACGCAUCCCUUUGACGUUUCGGAUAUCAUCCGGGUGGACGGGCAAACGUACGUGGUGGAAGAGAUGCAGCUGCUGUCCACGAUCCUCCUAGCAGCGGACAACAGCAAGGUAUACUACAGCAACAAUCAACUGGCUCUGAAAGUUAUCAGCAAUUACUACAGGUCCCCCGAUCAGAUCGAGCUCAUCGAUCUGGCGCUGGGCUGGGGCACCCCUCAGAAGAAAAUCGAAGAGAUGAGAGCGUGCAUCUUGCGCUUCCUACAAGCGAACCCUGAGCAGUGGUACCCAAAGAUAGUAUCCGAUCUCCACAUGGAGAUGGAGCAUUCUAAAGAGCUACCGAUCAUUCCGGCCGUAGCACCCCACAUCGCUCUACUGGGAGACAUCAGCGAACCGAGGAGCGCGGAGUACGCGGCGCUCGUGGAGGACCUCUCGAGGAAGUUCGAGACCGUCCUGAUAAUCGCCGGGAAUCACGAGUUCUACGGUGGGGAAUACGAGGAGGUAAAGAGUAAGAUAGCGAAGCUCGCAAAGAAGCACGACAACGUGCACUUCAUGGACCGCAAGAGCAUCUCGCUCAGAGGCGUCAGGGUGAUCGGUUGUACUCUGUGGAGUCGCGUCCCGGACCAUGCCAGAGACGUCGUGCGCAAUACGAUCAACGAUUACGUCCGCAUCGGCAAGAAGGUCGGGGCCGACCUCCGUCCGCUCACCGUCGAAGACACCAACGCCCUGCACGAGAGAGACUUUGAGUUCGUUCUGGAGGCGAUUCUGGAGGCAGAGGGCAGACGGGAGCCGGUGCUGGUCCUCACGCACCAUGCUCCGUUGCGGAAGGGAGUCUCCGCACCGGCCUACGAAGGGAGACCGACCAACUACGCGUUCGGCACGGACCUGACCGAGUUUAUGGGCCCGCCCGUGGUGGCGUGGGCUCACGGCCACACGCACUACAACACGAAGCAGGAUGCAGACGGGACGUUGGUCUUCUCAAACCAACGGGGCUAUCGCGGUGAAAAAUGUGGGGAGCCUUACGCCCCAGAGCGCGUGCUGAGGAUCAGGGGAACUGCUGCAUCUUGGUAG